CCCUCUUGAAAGGCAGGUAGGGUUACCAUAGAGAAACUAAUCAAAAAUACGCUUGCUGUCUUGUUUGAAAAUGACAGUGAGUGUCUUUGAAAUGUUUGAAAACAUUUUAGGUAACCAAAUAAUAGUAAGGGUCUAGAUAAAACGACCACGUUAAAUUAAAUGUAUUUAGUAGCCUACAAACAUGGAAACUUUAAUCUUGUUUGAGGCGUUAGACUACAGUAAACUACCCAACUGGGUUUAACGCUAGUUGUUGACCGAUUGUUUCAGUCGUGGGCUAGGAGGCUACAAUGCCCUCACUGUACGGAUCCAUGAUGGACUUGGGUUUGGAUUAUGUACAAAUUAAAACACACUACUGUGGGGACAUGCUAAUCACAGACCUGGCAACCACGGUAACCUACGUGGGGCUGUGCGAGGAGGUGAGGAGCAUGUGCUGCGUGGCGCAGCAGCAGCCAAUAACACUCAAGUGGAUCGAUGAGGAAGGGGAUCCGUGCACCAUCUCCUCUCAGAUGGAGCUGGAGGAAGCCUUCCGUAUCUAUAGCCGCAACAGGAAGUCAGGACUCCUGCUGCACGUUUUACCCAGUAUCCCUGAGAAGCCUGGUAUGCCUUGUCCUGGAGAAGACAAAUCGAUCUACCGCCGUGGGGCCAGAAGAUGGAGGAAGCUCUACCGAGUCAACGGACACCUCUUCCAGGCCAAGCGCUUUAACAGGAAAGCAUACUGUGGCCACUGCAGUGAAAGGAUAUGGGGGCUGGGGAGGCAGGGCUACAAGUGUAUCAACUGCAAAUUGCUGGUCCAUAAGCGCUGUCACAAACUCGUCCCUCUGACCUGCCAAAGGCUUAUGGAUCCAGUCAUGCCAUCACAGGAGCCCCCUUUAAAUGAGAAGAGUGAAGAGGUGGACCUCCCACCUGAAGACACUGAGGACGCAGAUGGAAUACCAUUUCUACCACACAAUCGCAAGGUGGACAAAACAGAGGAUGACUCAGAGGACAUCAAGGCAGUGGUGGACGGGAUUGAUGGCAUCAAGAUCUCCCAGGGGCUGGGCCUGGGCGACUUUGACCUGAUCCGGGUGAUUGGGCGCGGCAGCUACGCUAAGGUGCUGCUGGUGCGGCUGAAGAAGAACGAGCAGAUCUACGCCAUGAAGGUGGUGAAGAAGGAGCUUGUGCAUGACGACGAGGAUAUCGACUGGGUGCAGACGGAGAAACAUGUCUUUGAGCAGGCGUCGACCAAUCCGUUUUUAGUAGGCCUUCACUCCUGUUUCCAGACAGAAAGUCGGUUAUUUCUGGUGAUUGAGUAUGUGAACGGAGGGGACCUGAUGUUUCAUAUGCAACGACAACGGAAGCUUCCAGAGGAACACGCACGAUUCUAUGCUGCUGAAAUUUGUAUCGCGCUCAAUUUCCUGCAUGAAAAGGGCAUCAUCUACCGGGAUUUGAAACUGGAUAACGUGCUGUUGGACCACGAUGGACACAUUAAACUCACAGACUAUGGGAUGUGCAAGGAGGGGAUAAGACCAGGGGACACCACCAGUACGUUCUGUGGGACCCCUAACUACAUUGCCCCUGAGAUCCUCAGAGGGGAAGACUAUGGCUUCAGUGUGGAUUGGUGGGCACUGGGCGUGCUCAUGUUUGAGAUGAUGGCCGGAAGGUCCCCAUUUGACAUCAUCACAGACAAUCCUGACAUGAACACAGAGGAGUACCUGUUCCAAGUUAUUCUCGAAAAGCCCAUUCGUAUCCCAAGGUCUUUGUCAGUGAAGGCUGCCAGCGUGCUGAAGGGCUUUCUAAACAAGGACCCCAAAGAGAGGUUGGGUUGCCAGGUUCAAACUGGUUUUACCGACAUCAAGGCUCACACGUUUUUCCGCAGCAUAGACUGGGACCAGCUGGAGAAGAAGGAAGUGACCCCUCCCUUCAAGCCUCAGAUAACUGACGACUACGGCCUCGAAAACUUUGACACCCAGUUCACCAACGAGCCAGUGCAGCUAACACCAGACGACGAGGACGUCAUCAAAAGAAUAGACCAGUCGGAGUUUGAGGGAUUUGAGUACAUCAACCCAUUGCUGCUAUCCAUGGAAGAGUCUGUAUGAAGGAGAGACACGCCCACUCCUUCACCUACCUACUGUACGUCUGUCCAACCCGCUGUCUCAGCCAAAAUCAACUAGAGACUCGCCUAGCAGAGGACUGUGUGAUGGAGGGAGGAAAAGGGAGGACAAACUUCCAGAUCUGUGAACACAAGUGCAAGACUCUUUUCUUUGUUCGUGGAUCCCAUAAUGCAUUGCAUCAUUUUCAUUGCAAUGUUCCAUGUUUGGAGGCAUCAACAGUACGACACUGGAACACAGAACAGUCCACACAAACUGUUGUUGACUGUCCUCCUGUUUCUGUCUUUUUUCCGGAAUCCCCCUUACCCGGAAUCUGUUGUCAAUGUGUCUCAGCACGACUGGCUGUGUAAUUUGAACAGAAAGCUACUCUUCAUUCUGUGCCUGCCAUCGUAAAAGGAUUUUAACCCUUCGCAUCCCUGGAUGAAUAUGACAGUUCUUCUUUAGAACUUGAAGUAUAUGUGCACUUUUUUUGUUAAUUACUUCUUUUUUUUUAUCUUGUAGGAGGCCCUGUCUCAAACAAAACCAGAAUGUACAAUGACGAAGGAAAAAAUGCUAAGUUAUUAUGUAUUAUAAUGUAGGUAGAGAGUCUAAUUUGACGAUGCCUUUUUAUCGAUGCAGAGUGGCAUUUUCAUUCAUGACCAUGGAAUUAGAUUUUUUUUCUAUUCACAGCAUUUUCAUGAACUACAGGACAAUAUCUAUCUGGGAGUCAAAACUUUUUAUUUAAGAAGUGCCUCAAAGAUCUGCUAUUCAUCAUGUUCCUGAUUGCACUUACCUCUUGUUCAAAUACCCUUGACCUGCCCAGUUAAAGAGUAAGUCCGUAGACAACCAUGGGAAGUCAUACAGACCACAGUAGUCCAAAGGUUAAAAAUGGAAUGAAUGAAUUCACUUUAGGAGCACAGUAGCCAGACACAUUUUUGAUUCAAACAUGGUUGAAUUUUAUCUUCUCAAUCCAAAUACAGUAUUUGUAGAGCUACAAUAUACUAUAUUUAAUGGGUUUUAAUUUAUUGGUUGACAUACACUGCUGCACAAAUUACCAACCAUGUUUGAUAUCUGUUGCAAGCUGGUGAAUUUAGACUUUGAAUGCACAGUGAUACACUGAUUACAAAUGCUAGUGAAUGGAAAUGGAGCUCUCAGAACUGACAUCCUGGUGGUCAGCCUAGAAGGUUUUAACAUCCACCAAGAGCCUUGCCAAAAGCCGAAUGAACAUGUCUAACACUGAUACACACACCGUGCGUAAAUGAGAAAUGUGCUAGUCAAGUCUUGAAGUGCACAAAGUAAAGAUCAUUGCCCAUGUAGAAUCUUGGGAAUGGUAGUAUCAUGAGAAACACAUCUAAUUAAAUCAUCCAUGAAGCACAAUGUACAGACAUAAAUGAAUUAUUCAACAUUAGUACAUUGAUAAACCUUGUCCUCUCAAUAAGAACAAUUUGCUUCUGAUUAAUUCCAUCAUAAAAAAUGAGCUUUUUAAUUAUACAUUUUUGAUUUGUUCUUAGAAAAAAAUCCCACUUGAAUGUGAAUUAUUUGAUGAAAUCUGAUCCGUAUUAAAUUGAUAACAGGGUAAUAGGAUUAAUGAGUAAGUCCCCGUCAAAGGGUCUCAAUUAGCUGCAAGGCCAAUAUGGAUGAGGAAGAAGCAAUGAUGAAUGGGGAAGAUAGAAAGACUGAAGAGAUAGCGUUAGCGUUGUAGUCUCUGAUUAGUUGCCUCCACAAGAGGAAUACACACAUUCAACAUGGUUCACAGGGACAGAAUAUCAUUGAGCUCCCUUUUUUUCAAAGCCAUUUCACUCUACUUGUUUCAUAUGUCACAGUGUCUAUUUUAUUCAUACGGCUUGUUUUAUUUGAUAUCUCUAGAAAAACAUACACUUAUUUCCUUGUGGGACCAACAGAAGAACUGGGAGUCGUUGAAAUGAUAUCUAACAAUACAGCAAUGGUUACAAAAAAAUCUGUAAAAAAAAGCUUAAAAAAAAAUGCAAAUCUGUAAGAAAAAAAGAAUGGGGAAACAACUCUAUUCAGUCCAUAAUUUUUGUGUUCUAAUAUAUUUGCUGGUUGGAUGUGCUUAAUUCUGCUUUAACGCAUCUCUGUAAAUAUCUGUAAUUAUUAAAAAUGAAACAGGUUUUCUGUGA